GGUUGGAGCUGCAGUUUGCUCAGCUUGGGAGGGUGUUGUUUUGAAUCUGUGCUGAUUUUGGCCUGGAUUGCACAGGGAUGUUUAACUGAACCUCGCCACCCCAGGGUUUGUGAGCAGAAGAUCAGCGAGGGUUACUGUCCUUCGCUCCUUUACAGCGUCAUCAUACUGAUAUUAUGAAUGUGUGACGGCUGGAUGUGGAGAGCUCACCUACAGCUUCUUUACAUAACUGUCAAAUGGGGGAAGGAAAAGUUUGAAGGAUUGGAGCUGAACACUGAUGAUCCACCUGUGGUUUUCAAGGCACAGCUGUUUGCAUUGACUGGAGUCCAGCCUGAAAGACAGAAGGUUAUGAUUAAAGGAGGCACACUAAAGGAUGAAGAGUGGGGCAACAUCAAAGUAAAGAGUGGGAUGACCCUGCUGAUGAUGGGAUCAGCAGAGGAGUUGCCUGUAGAACCAGCUGUACGUCCGCUCUUUGUAGAAGACAUGUCAGAAGAACAGCUAGCUUCAGCUUUGGAGCUUCCCUGUGGGCUCACCAAUCUUGGGAACACUUGCUACAUGAAUGCUACAGUGCAAUGUCUACGAUCAGUGCCUGAACUGAACGAUUCCCUGAAAAGGUAUAAGGGUGCCUUGAGAGCUUCAGCAAAUAUGACUCCACCACAGUAUAUUACAGCAGCUUUUCGAGACCUGUUGGAAUCCAUGGAUAAAACAUCCACUUCUAUUCCACCCAUUAUUCUACUGCAGUUCCUUCACAUGGCCUUUCCACAGUUUGCAGAAAAAGGUGAUCAAGGACAGUAUCUCCAACAGGAUGCCAAUGAGUGUUGGAUACAGAUCAUGAGAGUACUUCAACAGAAACUUGAAUCUUCAGAAGCAGAUACCGCUAUGGAGACUGAUUCUGAGAAUGCAGUAGCUUCACCAAAGAAGAAGAAUUUUAUUGACCAAUAUUUUGGUGUAGAAUUUGAAACCUCUAUGAAGUGUACUGAAUCAGAAGAUGAGGAUGUAACGAAAGGCAAGGAAACACAACUUCAGCUCAGCUGCUUCAUUAACCAGGAAGUCAAAUAUCUUUUUACCGGGCUAAAAUUGCGUCUUCAGGAAGAAAUCACCAAACAUUCUCCAUUGUUGCAAAGAAAUGCGUUGUACAUAAAAUCUUCUAAAGUGCAGCGUUUGCCAGCCUACCUGACAAUUCAGAUGGUGAGGUUCUUCUACAAGGAGAAAGAAUCUGUAAAUGCCAAAGUUCUCAAGGAUGUCAAGUUUCCUUUGAUGCUCGAUGUAUUUGAACUGUGCACACCUGAGCUACAGGAAAAAAUGGCCUCAUACAGAUCAAAGUUCAAGGAGGAAGAAGAUCGAAAAUCCAACAUAGAACCAAUACAGAUUGACACUAAAACCCCAAAAGAUUCAAAAGAAGUGAAAUAUGAGCCAUUUUCAUUUUCUGACGACAUUGGCUCGAAUAACAGUGGUUACUUUGAUCUAAUGGCAGUGCUUACACAUCAAGGCAGGUCAAGUUCAUCUGGUCACUACUUAGCUUGGGUUCGAAGAAAAGCAGAUGAGUGGAUCAAGUUUGAUGAUGACAAAGUCAGUAUUGUGGCACCUGAAGAUAUUCUGAAGUUGUCUGGUGGUGGUGAUUGGCACAUAGCCUAUGUUCUACUGUAUGGGCCUCGUAGGUUAGAAGUAGUUGAAGAUAAACCUCCACAAUGACAAUGCCAUACCUGAGCAUAGCUGUCUACUUUCACUUUCCUCAUCCUGCAUGGCUAUUACUGUUGUACAAUGCCUUCACUUUCUCUAGCUUAUCUUACAUUGUGAGGUGAGAAUGCAAAGAGGAAGGUGUUGCCUCAACUGUGACCCUGGUACUGCUUCACGUCAUCUACAGAACCUUUGAAAACAAACAAGCAUUAGUCAAGGAAGACCUGCAGCUUUGAUUGUUAAUUCUGACAUUUCUAACACAAUAAUUAAACAAUCCUAAGUGA